AUGAGUAAAAACAGUAUAUUCUGUGGUGCCACUGACAUGAAAAGCAUGCUUUUCUUUGAAGUCAGCAUUGGGAUCAUUGCCAACACAGCUCUCCUUUCCUUCCAUGCCCUCACAUUCCUCCUGGGGCACAGGCCCAGACCUAUUGAUCUGACCAUUGGUCACUUAGCUCUGAUCCACAUAGUGAUGCUCCUAUCUGAGAGUGUCCUGGUUACUGACAAUUUUGUGUAUCAGAUUUUAGGUUUUGACACUACCUGUGCAUCUGUUAUCUAUUUGAAUAGGUUGAUGACGGACCUCUCCAUCGCUACCACCUGCCUGCUGAGUAUCCUCCAGGCCAUCACCGUUAGCCCGAGAGGCUCCUGUUUGGCAAAGUUCAAGCAAAAAUCCUUGCAUCAGAACCUGUGUUGCUUUCUCUUUUUAUGGGUCUUCAAUAUGCUCAUCAAUGGUCGUUUCUUAAUCUCAGCUGUUGCCACUUCUAAUGUUACCUCACUCAGUGUCAUGUUUCUUACAAAAUCCUGCUCCCUUUUGCCUGUUAGCCCCUUCCUCAAGUAUUUAUUUCUGUCACUAAUGAUUUUCAAGUAUCUGGCCUGUAUAACACUCAUGGCGCUCUCCAGCGUGUACAUGGUGAUUCUGUUGUGCAGACACAAAAGACAAUCCAAACAUCUUCACAGGAACCGCGUAUCUUCAAAACCAUCCCCAGAACAAAGGGCCACCUGGACCAUUUUGUUACUCAUGUCUUUCUUCAUUGUUAUGUAUUGUUUAGACUGUGUUUUCCAUUCUACUUCUUCCGUGCUGUGGAGCCAUUUUGCAAUUAAUAAUGGGAUCCAGAUGCUUGUUGGCAGUUGCUAUGCCACAAUGAGCCCUUUUGUACUUAUCAUUUGUGAAAGACAAGUGACUAAGUGCAUCAGGUUCAUGGAAUAG